UUUACAUCGUAGCAGAAGACAAGAAACGGAGGAAGAAGAAGAAGAAGAAGAAGGACACCGACGAGUGCGAAAGCAAGGAGAAGGCGGAGACGAAGGGGAAAGAGGCAUAGAAUUAGAGAAGAAGAAGAAAGGAGGAGAACUGCGAAACAAAGUGAGAAACGGUGAUAGAGAAACGAGUUCGCGUGUAAGAAAUAAAAGACGGAAGGAACAGACGGCGAACACUGUGGUAGAGACCGACAGGAGAAAAAAACCUGACUAAAAUUCGCACAAAAGCAGAACGGAAGGAAGCCACACACGCCAAAGGAAGCCCCAGACGCCGAAGGAGAAACCAGAACCGAGGAGAACCCCGAGAUGGCGACAUUCCCCGAGAAGGUGAACAACGCCCUCGAGAAGGCCGGCCUGCAGCCUGUCUCGGUGAAGAGCGUGAUGGGCUUUUACAUGCCCCUGAAAGGCUCCUUGGCCUAUGUGAUGCUCAGCACUCAGAUGUUCACGCCAGAACUCUACGAGAACUUCAGGUUCAUUGUGAUUCCUCAGUACAUCUCUCUGACCAAUGCAUGUCUGGUAAACAGCAUGCUAGGCACAGGGCUUUUUAUUCACACCCGCCCUCAUCUUGCUUCAGCUUCUACAAAGGACAAAGUGAUAUUUUGUGCCUUUGGCUCUGUGAUGUUUAACCUGGGAUCUAUGCUGCUAUGGGCCCUAGGUCGCACUGUUGCCCCAGAGAGCCCUGCACUGCGCACAGUCAUUGGCACUGCUGGAGCAGUUGGGGCCCUUUAUCUGGGCAAAAGAUAUGUAGAUUUUGUAGAUUCUAAGGAGAAGGCCAGCUAAGUAAACUCUGGUUGUCACAUCCACCGUAAGUUGUAUAUCAGGCAUACUGUGAAACAAUGUAAAGGAUAACAUAAAAUUGUCUGGUUAUCUAAAUAUUAGGCUGUGCUUAUAUUAUAAUUGUUGCUUUUGUAAUGCAGUAUUAUAUAUGAGGUGACUGCAAUAUACUUCUUGUGAAACUCCAUGCACAAUUCUCUUUAUGUUAGGCCACUUGUAGUCUUCUAUUUUGUACUUCCUGAAGAAUGAAUACUUACUUGAGUAAAUGUGAAAUAUGUAUAUUUCACAUACUAUGGCUAUUGUUGAUAUUGUUAGGUGGCUAUAUUAAUUCUAGUUGGAACACCCAGAUUUGAAAUCAUUUUGUACUACAUUUUCUUUGAGACUUAUAAGUCAUGUUGUGAAUCAGGCAUAGGCUUGUGUUGUGGAUAUUGCAUACAUCAUUGGCAAAAGUGGGUGGGAAAAUUAUAGCCAGAGUAUGGAAAGGACUUGAGUAUUGCAAACUGAUACAGGAUAUUUAUGAGUGCAAUGGAUGAUUUCAUUGAGUUGAAAUUUCAGGACAAUCACAAAUUUCCUCAUUUGCAUAGGCUAGUCCAUCUUGAACCGCUUAUCAGUUAUAGCAAGGUAGAAUUUGGAAAGAAACUGAAGAGCACAAAAGUAGCAUGUCUUCCACCAGUAUUGAAGACUUACAAGUGAUUAAUAAGCUAUGAUAAAUUGGAGGUGUAAGUUCUUCAAUGAAGUUAUAAGUAAGAGAUAGGAACUACGUAAAGUAUUUAAGGCCUUUUUUUACAUACUUGUAGAUUUGAAGGAAUACUGUUAAACAGCAUCUGAAGUUCAGAUUAUAAACCAGCAUUAAAUAAAUUUCAAGGUUUACAUAUUGUUUUAAUUAUGGGAUCAUAUACUGCUGGGAAUAUGACUGAUCAUGUAUUUUUCAUAAUACUGAAUCAAAAUAACAGAUUUGUUACCUAUAGUGAUGUUGAUUUUCCAGUAUGAAAAUAGUUAUAGGGUUCAGGCAGAGUUCAUAAUUGGUCAUUAUGGAUUGAAGCUCCUUUAUUAUUAGAGUCUUUGUAACCGAAAACAAUUUCACUACUUGAUUACUGUGCAUCUAUCAUCUUUAGUUACUCUCAAGCAUUAUGGUGUUGUAAAUGAAAAUUGUAUUAUGCUGUAUAUAAUAAAGCUUUAUUUAUA